AUGAUAUCCAUCAGCCUCGGAAUGCCCACCUCAAGCCCCAUCGCCCCGCGCGCCCCCGCAUCCAGCGGCCUCCUCUCCGAGCUCCCCACCAUCUUCCAAGGCGCGACCGAGCUCCUCAGCCCGGAGACAGUCGACAAGCUCGAGACGAUCGUCAGCGGCGGCGCGGUGCUGCUCGGGGGCGACACGCCGCAGAACCUGCAGCGGCUGCUGUCCGGGCCCAACAUUGACAAGCUGCAGCGCCUCCUCGACAAUGCGGACCGUCUGCUGACGCCGGGGUUCGUCAACGAGACGACGCAGCUGAUUGAUAUGGCGAAUCCGUUGAUUUCGGAUGUGGGGAAGAUUAUGAAUGCGUUGAUUGGGAGUUCGUGA